AACUAUUUUACGGGGUUUAUGAAGGUUGGCAGCCAGCGCGGGUGUGCCUUGUGUUUGCAGAGCAAUUUCCGCCGCCGAGGGACGGGCAGCGCCGGCAUCACCCCGACCCCCCUCCGCGCCCGAGGCCGCGGGCCUGGGUUGGGGUCCCGGAGCCCCUCUGGACGCGAAGCCGCUCCAAAGACAUGGGCUGCCUACCUGCGAGGCGCGCCAGGAUGAUGGCCAUGAACGCCAAGCAGCCGUUCGCCAUGCACGCCGCCCUCCAGGAGCCCAAGUUCUCCAGCCUGCACUCCAGCACGGAGGCAAUGCGCAGAGUUUGCCUCCCGGCCCCGCAGCUGCAGGGCAAUAUAUUCGGGAGCUUUGAUGAGAGCCUGCUGGCCCGCGCGGAGGCUCUGGCCGCCGUCGACAUCGUCCCCCACGCCAAGGGCGGCCACCACCACCACCACCACCACCACCACCACCACCCCCCUCCCCACCACCACCCCCCCUUCAAGCCGGACGCCAGCUACCCCGCCAUGAGCGGCGGCCCCUGCGCCGCCGCCGCCCUCCCGCACCCCGCCGCGCUCCCGCACCCGCUCCCGCACCCGGCGUUGGACGGCGGCGACCUGCUGGACCACCUCUCGCCCUCGCUGGCCGUCGGCGGCCUGCCCGAGCCCCCGGCGCUGCCCGCGCCGCUGCCGCCGCACCCGCUGGCCGCCGCGGGCCCCUUGGCCGUGGGCGUGGGCCCCCCGGGGGGCCCGGCGCCGCCGCCCGCCGCCCCCGAGGCGGCCGCGGACCCGCGGGAGCUGGAGGCGUUCGCCGAGCGGUUCAAGCAGCGGCGGGUGCGGCUCGGGGUGACCCAGGCCGACGUGGGGGCGGCGCUGGCGGCGCUGAAGCUGCCGGGGGUGGGUUCGCUGAGCCAGAGCACGAUCUGCCGCUUCGAGUCGCUGACCCUGUCGCACAACAACAUGACGGCGCUGCGGCCGGUGCUGCAGGCCUGGCUGGAGGGCGCCGAGGCCGCGCACCGCGACCGCGCCGCCGGCCCCGAGCUGCUGGCGGGCGCCGAGCGCAAGCGCAAGCGGACCUCGAUCGCCGCCCCCGAGAAGCGCUCGCUGGAGGCGUAUUUCGCGCUGCAGCCCCGGCCCUCCUCCGAGAAGAUCGCCGCCAUCGCCGAGAAGCUCGACCUCAAGAAAAACGUGGUGCGCGUCUGGUUCUGCAACCAGCGCCAGAAGCAGAAGCGCAUGAAGUACUCGGCGGGGCACUGACGGCGCGGCCGCGCCGGGGCCGGGGCCGAGCAGGGCGGCGGGGGCUCCGCGCCGGCCCGGACUCGGUGCCGCGACGGGCCGGGCCCUGCCCCGCAGCCCCGCACGGCUCCCAGCCAGCGCCG